GUGGAGAUGGACAUGGAGGGUGCACUUAAUGCCAGGAACCAGGUUGGCAUUCAGGACUUUGUUCUCCUGGAUGAGACCUCAGAGGCAGCCUUCCUCAGCAACCUUAAGAAACGCUUCUCCAAGGAUCUGAUUUAUACUUACAUUGGCACUUUAUUGGUGUCUGUAAACCCCUACAAAGAGUUGGAUAUCUACAAUAAGGAACAGAUGGAUGUGUACAUGGGGGUCAACUUUUAUGAGCUUCCACCUCACAUCUAUGCCCUUGCCGACAACGCCUACCACACCAUGCUGGCUGACUUCAGCAAUCACUUCAUCCUCAUCUCAGGAGAGAGCGGAGCAGGGAAGACGGAAGCAUCCAAAAAGAUUCUACAGUAUUAUGCAGUCAGCUGUCCAAGCACCGCUCUACUAAACACUGUCAGGGACAAGAUGCUCAUGUCCAACCCUGUCCUGGAGGCUUUCGGGAAUGCCAAAACAUUGAAAAAUGACAACUCGAGUCGGUUUGGGAAGUAUAUGGACAUUCAGUUUGAUAGUGAGGGGGACGCAGUUGGUGGCCACAUCCUGAACUACCUGCUCGAGAAGUCGAGGGUGGUGCAUCAGAACCACGGCGAGAGAAACUUCCACAUUUUCUACCAGCUCCUGGAUGGGGGAGAGGAGGACCUGCUGCACCAGCUGGGCCUGGAGAGGGACCGCCAGCAUUACAGCUAUCUUACACAAGGAGAGUGCGCCAUUGUGCCUUCCGUCAAUGACAGAAAUGACUGGAAGACAGUCAAAAACGCACUUCAAGUUAUUGACAUUGAUGCAAUCCACACUAAUCACUUGUUUGGGAUUGUUGCGAGUGUUCUUCACCUGGGCAACGUUAAGUUUGAGCCUGACAGUAAAGGUCACGCCAGCCUCAACAACCAAAAUGAAGAGUUGCACUGGGUCUCAAACCUUCUUGGAGUUGAUGCUAACAGUCUACAGGAAGGUCUGACAUACAGGAAAAUUGAAGCCAAAACAGACCAGGUGCUCAGUCCGUUUAUUCUGGAUCGCGCCAUCUAUGUAAGGGAUGCCCUGGCCAAGGCCAUUUAUGGGCAUACCUUCACCUGGCUGGUAAACAGGAUCAAUGCGUCCAUGGAGAACACUGAUCCGUCAAAGAAAACUGUCAUUGGACUUUUGGACAUCUAUGGUUUUGAAGUCUUUAAUAUCAACAGUUUUGAGCAGUUCUGCAUAAACUACUGCAAUGAGAAGCUGCAGCAACUUUUCAUCCAACUCACGCUCAAGGCAGAGCAGGAAGAAUACGAAGCGGAGGAUAUUGAGUGGGAGCCGGUGCAGUUCUUCAACAACAAGAUCAUCUGUGACCUCGUAGAGGAGCGACACAGAGGGAUUAUAUCAAUCCUGGAUGAGGAGUGUCUCCGACCAGGAGAGGCUACAGACCUCACCUUCCUGGAGAGACUGGAAGAAAAAAUGGGGACUCACCCUCACUUUGUCUCACACAAGCUGGCAGACAAAAAGACACGCAGGACGCUGGAGAGAGGCGAUUUCCGUCUCUUGCAUUAUGCCGGAGAGGUCACCUAUUGUGUUGUGGGUUUUCUGGACAAAAAUAAUGACCUCCUAUAUAAAAAUAUUAAAGAUUUGAUAUGUCAAUCAAAAAACGCCAUUGUGAGGCAGUGCUUCUCCUGCAUGGACCCAGACAGCAGGCGAAGACCAGAAACUGUGGCCACCCAGUUUAAGAGCAGCCUGCUGAAGCUGACAGAGAUCCUCGUGGCCAAAGACGCCUGGUACAUACGUUGCCUCAAAUCCAAUGAGUCCAAGAAACCAGGACAGUUUGAUGAAGCUCUGAUCAGACACCAGAUCAAAUAUUUGGGCCUGAUGCAGCACCUGAGAGUCAGACGUGCUGGUUUCGCUUACAGGCGGAAGUAUGAGGUGUUUUUACAGCGUUAUAAAGCUCUGUGCCCAGCCACCUGGCCACAUUGGAGCGGCGAACCCGCUGACGGCGUCUUGGUGCUGGUUCAACAUCUGGGCUAUUUUCCAAAUGAGUACAAAAUGGGAAGAACCAAAAUAUUCAUCCGCCAUCCAAGAACGCUUUAUGCCACUGAGGACGCUUUUGAAAAGUGUAAACAUCAACUCGCAACAAGACUGCAGGCCAAAUACAAAGGCUACCGGGCAAAGGGCGUGUUCAGAAAACAGAAGGAGGCCGCAACAAAGAUUGAGACGUGCUGGAGAGGAGUGCAGGCAAGGAAGGAGAGAGACAAGAGAGCGUGGGCUGUCAAAGUCAUUAAGCAAUUUAUCAAAGGUUACAUGACUAGAGGGCAAGCAAAAGUCACGGACAACUCUGAGUAUUUGGUCUUUGUGAGGCAGAAUUACCUGAACAGGCUCAAAGACAACCUGCCGAAGACAGUUUUGGAUAAAAGCACUUGGCUAUCUCCGCCACACGUGCUGGCCGAGACGUCAGAACUACUUCGGAAACUGCACUACCGCCUCAUGGUGCGGAAAUACGUAAGAGGAAUCACAACCCAGAAAAAAACACAGCUUCAGAUGAAGUUCAUUGCCAGCUCCAUGUUCAAGGGGAAAAAGGAAAGUUAUCCCCAAAGUGUUGCCCAACCUUUUGUGGACACCAGAAUCAGUGAUGAAGAUAUUAAUGUGAGGGUCCUGCAGAUGCUUCCAAAUGAGCACAUCAAGUACAGCGUCCCGAUGAUUAAAUACGACAGGAGUGGUUUCAAAACGAGGCCGCGACAGCUCAUCUUCACUCAGGCGGCGGCCUACAUGGUUGAGGAGGCGAGGAUCAAGCAGAAGAUUUUAUAUACCGCGCUUAAAGGGAUUUCAGUCAGUAAUUUGACAGACAGCAUCGUUGUGUUACACAUAACAUGUGAGGACCCCAAAGAGAAGGGAGAUCUUGUACUGCAAUGCAACCACUUGUUUGAGCUGGUGACCAAACUCAGCAUCAUUGCUAAUAAACAGAACGUGGUCAGGGUGCUUCAGGGCAGCAUCAAAAUAGAAAUUCAGGCUGGGAAAGAGAGCGCAGUAGAAUUCAGCACAGGCCCGGAGCCGAUGGUGUACAAGGCCAAGAAUGGACACCUCAUGGUGGUUGCCACUCGGGCCAGGCCGAGGUAACACGAGGGGCAGAGGAGACACAAAAGAGGCCCCUGCAUCUUUCAUGGGAGAUGCCCCAAAGCUGGCUCAACAUCGCCACGGGAUACACGUCCAGC